AAUAAUAAAUAUGGCGUCGCUGCUUUGUGUACUGCUUGCUGUCAAAUUUCAGUGCAAUAAACAGAAAGACUGCAAUUAAUUUCAUAAUAUUAGUAAAAUAUAUGUGAUUGUUACGGUGUAAGUGCAAUAUUAAGACCUAGCGUUGAUAUGUAACGUAUAUUCAUACAUGAAGCGCGGUUUUAUUGAAAAACUUUGAAGGAGACCAAUGUAUAACAAUGAUAUCCAACCGAGAAGAGGGCCCCGUCUACUACAGGGAGAUACAGAAGAAUGCGUAUCUCAAGCGCAUCCCAAUUGAGCCGAGCGGCAAGCUCAGGCCUCUGGGACAUAAGAAACCGCCUCUUAAAGCUAUGUGGACGCUCUUCUGCGUCCACAACGGCCGAACGCCGUUCCUCGAACAGUACCCGAGCCCUGAGUCCCCGGCCACGUUAACCCACAAGCCGGCCUGGCGCGUCUGCCUCAAGACAGCUAGGCAUGUGACUGCGAGUGUCAAGCCACACACCGGCGAUGAAUAUGACUUUCUUGUGGACACGGAUCAGGGACCGGUACGCAUGCUGGCACCUGACUGGGAAUCCAUGCAAGACUGGGUGACACUCCUGCGCAGUAAACUCCACGAACUAAAGAUCCUCUCGAAAGGCGAGAACGUGUACACCGCGCCCCUGGCCCCGCCCGCGCCCCGCGCCGGCACGCGCGACCCCACCUCCCCGCUGCCGCCCACCCCGCCCGUGCCUCCUGACAGAGUACCGGGCAUAGAGCUGACCAUCCCAUCCCGAGCCAUCGAACCAGAACACCAUAAUGAUCACCCCGAAGAACCACCAACCAUAGAGACGACUGCAGAGCCCAUAGACAUCUCCAACUGGGACGAGCCGGAGCCCUUCACGUCUCUACCGAGCACUAGUCAGGACAUACCAAAGACAACCAAGAUAUGUGGACAGAAUAUUUGCUUGGACGAUUCGGUGUUGAGAAGAAACAAUACGGACAGCGAUGAAGAAUUCUUCGCGGAAAUCGACCGGAUAAGCGAGGAAGUGGAAAAUACUGGAGAAGUUCAGGAGUACAAGCAGACUCUGGUUGUUGAGGCUACCGCUGAGGACACUCCGAGCGACUACCAAGGCACAAACAUAACCGUGAUACAAGUGUCCAACAAGGAGCCCCCGCACACCGCGAUACCAGUCCUCGGCCCCGACACAGACGUCUUCAACUUCGACCUCCAACAACUCUCCGUUGAACCCAAAGAAAACUACAUCAACAUAGUCAACACAGAAACCGAACAGAACGGCUAUGGAACGGUCUAUAAAGAGUCAGACUACGGACAUAUAAGUUUAACAACAACCGUCAACUUAAACGGUGACAAGAGCAUAUAUGAACGGUUAUGUCAAGCGUCAACAUCAAGUGAAAGAUCACCUUUACCCGUCCGAAGGAUAAAAGCUUUAGAGAAAGUUAGGAAGUCAUCGCUACCAAACAUGGAGACUUAUGAGUAUUUGUAUCCGAGCAAUUCUAGCUCGAAUCAAGUGCAAGUGGAUGUGAAUAGUGGUCAGAAUUGUGUGAACGGGAACUCUGUGACUGUGAGUGUGGAUUCUAGUGUGAGAGUGGUUAGGCCGCCGAGGCCGGUGGAGAGGUCGCAUAGCAACGCUUGUGAGAGGACUCAGAGCCCGAAGAGAGAAAGGAAUGAUAAGAAUCAAGACGGGAGCCAAGGCAAGCCGAUAUGGAAGCGAGGUUUAACGGAGCUGUCUUUGCUAAGUCGGUUAAGAGGGCUCGGGCAGGGCCGGCGACAGGACAGCCCUACGAGACAGGACGACGACAGGAGCGCAACGGUGGCAGUGAAAGUGGUGCGCCGCUCGCGGCCCGAGGGUCGCGUCGACGGGACUAGACGGAGAAGCAGCUCUCUCAGCAACGAUCACUCCCCCCCAUCCCGGCUACCGCCCGGCCUCCGACCGUUGCGACAGCGACAGGCGGCCGCGCUGAGGGCCGAGCAACGCCGCGGGGCGGCCGUAGCUAGCAGCAUACCUAUAGCCCACCCGCCUACGUUUGUGGACUAUAAUAGGAUGGUGUGGGUGGCGAAGUGGGGAGGCGCGGGGGCGUGGUGCGGGGGGCGCGCGGGGGACCGCGUGGCGGCGCUGCGCGGGGUGCAGCCCCGGGACGCGCAGCACGCCAGGACGCUGUUCAAGGACGCGCGCACCAGGACGGUGGAUAUAUUGUUUCAUCGCGUCCCUCUUGGCAAGAUAUACGUAUUAAAUAAACGGGACCACGAGAAAUUAGGUAUAAAGCUAGACAGCGAAUGCAACAUAACGAGCGUGGAACCGCACUCGGUGUGCGCACGCGCAGGACUACCUCCCCCGGGCCGCUGGGCCCUCACUGAGGUCAACAACCAGCCGCUCAGCCUGCUCAAGGGAUGCGAAGAGGAUAUGAACCGCAUAGCGGCUCACGGAACUGAAGUGUCAGUACUAAUACAACCUUCGGCCCUCGUGAAAAAAAUACGCGCCGCGCUCAAGCCGAACAAGACUCUACUGGGCUUGAGAUGAGGCUCAUAAUCGUAUGGCACGUAAAUAAUAUUUUGGUUGUUUCUU